UCUACAGGCUGGGAGUGAUGGCGAGAGCAUUGGAAACUGUCCUUUCUCCCAACGCCUCUUCAUGAUCCUUUGGCUGAAAGGAGUAGUGUUUAAUGUUACCACUGUUGACCUGAAGAGAAAACCAGCUGAUCUUCACAAUCUGGCCCCGGGAACCCAUCCGCCGUUCCUCACCUUCCAGGGCAACGUUCUCACUGAUGUCAAUAAAAUAGAGGAGUACCUGGAGGACAUGCUGGCUCCACCAAAGUAUCCCAAACUUGCAGUAAAGAAUCGUGACUCCAACUUAGCAGGAAAUGACAUAUUUGCCAAGUUCUCUGCUUAUGUGAAAAACACAAGACCAGAAAAAAAUCGAGCAUUGGAGAAGAGCCUAAACAAGGCUCUGGCUAAGUUAGAUGCGUAUUUGAUGACUCCGCUCCCCGAUGAAUUUCUGUCGGGACACCACAGCGGCCAAGGAGAAUCCGCCCGUAAAUACAUGGAUGGUGAUGAACUGACGCUCGCUGACUGCAACCUUCUCCCCAAACUUCAUGUAGUCAAGGUGGUUACGAAGAAAUACAGAAACUACGAGAUCCCGUCUGAUUUCAGAGGAGUAUGGAGGUACCUUGGCAAUGCCUACACCAGAGAUGAGUUCACCCACACGUGUGCAGCAGACGUUGAAAUCGAGCUCGCUUACAAAGACGUGGCUAAGAGGCUGGGGAAAUGA